UGACGCCAGGGCUAUCCGCUCGCACGUUCCCGUUUAUGGGCCAAGCAAAGGAAGAUCCUAUAAAAUGCCACGUCAUUUCGCGCCCAAAUCAUUUCAUCAACUCGCUCAAAAACUCCAACGGCCAAGAGAGAGCUCUUUAAAGAGCGCAAGGGAGACAUGGAGAAUUGAGCACAAUUUUCAAGGAUUUUCAGCGAUCAAUCUUCGAUUUCAAGAUGCAGAAGCUAGGGUUUCCAAGCAUGAAGAGCUUGGAUCAGUUUAAAUCGCUAUCGGGGCCGGUGUCGGGAUCGGCGAAGAACCUUUCAUUUUCUUCGAGGUCAUCUUCCGAUUCAUUUUCAUCGGGGAGUUUUGCCAAUUUGAAGCUCACUGCAGAGAAAUUGAUCAAAGAGCAAGCUUCCGUCAAAACAGAUCUAGAAAUAGCGAAUUCUAAGUUGAAGAAAUCAAUGGAGCAUAUUGGUGCGUUAGAGGAAAAGUUGCAAUAUGCCUUCAACGAAAAUGCUAAGCUUAAAGUAAAGCAGAAGGAGGAUGAGAAGCUAUGGAAAGGAUUGGAGUCUAAGUUCUCUUCAACUAAGACUCUUUGUGAUCAACUGACUGAAACUUUGCAGCACUUAGCCGGUCAGGUUCAGGGUGCUGAAAAAGAUAAGGAGUUUUUUGAAGGCAAACUAUCUACAAGCUCAAACGCUAUUGAAAAUUUGAACCAACAGAUGAAUGAAUUGUCUCUGAAAUUAGACUCUGCUGAAGAAACUAUCAGAACUCAGAAGCAGGAACUGGAAGAGCUUAAAAUUGAAAAAGAGGAAAAGAAUAAGAUCUACAAAGAGGAAAAGUCCAAAACUGCUACUCUCAUAGAGGAAAAAGAUGCUAUGUUAAAGAAAUUUGAGGCAACUGUAGCAGCUAAUAGAUUGGCCACGGAGAACCUGAAUUAUAAAUUGGAAGAGAUGCGCCUGGAGUUGGGACUGAAGGAAGAUGAAAUCAAACAUUUUAUGACUACUCAGGAAAACUUGGAAAAUGAAAAGAGUAUCCUCCAAUUUAGCAGCAAUGACUUUGCUAAUAGAUUGGCUAUGUCACUUCAGGAGAUAAAAAAUCUUGAAAGUUUUGUUCAGAUAUUGGCUGCACAAUUGGCUGAAUUGGAUAAACAAAAUUUGAAUUUUAUGGACAAGUUUGAUAAGCUAAACUCUCUUUAUAACACUUGUUUUAAGUUAGUCCAACUGGAGAAAGACCUUGCUGCUAAGUGUGCUCAAAAACAGUAUGAUCAGCUGCAUGAUAAGUUCUUGAGUAUGUUGUCAGAAAAAGAUGCAUUGCUACUGGUAAACCUGGAAUUGAAUAGUAAGAUUAUUGAACUUCAGAAAGCCCAAGAGACUGUUAUGGCACAACUUUCUGAGGAAUGCCGUGUAGCGGGAGAGAGAAUUCAAAUAUUAGAGUCUGAAGCUGAAUUGCUGUUGUCAAAGAAGAAUGAAGUAGAAGUUUUGGUUUCCAAAUUGGAGGAGACAAUUGGUACUUUGUCAGAAAGUUCAAGAUCAUCUGAGAAUACAGUGCAAGAUUUAUUGCUGAAAAUUUCAACAUUAGAAAUGGAAAACAAAGAUAUUUGUCAGAAGUUAGAGGCAGAAGAAAGGAAAAAUGCAGAAGAUAUAGCUUCUUGGCAAAAGGAGAGCCAGAAACAACAGCAACACGUAGAUUCACUGGAGAAACAAAUCGCCCAACUUCAUAGCAUCUUAGAGGCAAAGGAACAACUUCUUCUGCAAUACAAGAAUAGAGAGAAGAAGUUUGAAGACCAAGUCACUGAGAGUCAGGCGUUGCUGACUGCUGCUGAAAGCAAACUUGCUGAAGCAAAGAGACAACAUGAUUUGAUGCUUGAGAGUAAACAAUUGGAAUUAUCAAGGCAUUUGAAAGAAAUAUCUCAGAGGAAUGAUAAGGCAAUUAAUGACAUCAGGAAGAAGUAUGAAGUGGAGAAGCUAGAGAUUGUUAACAUGGAGAAAGAAAAGGCAGACAAAGUUGUACAAGAAAUGCAAACAAAAUGCGACCAAACACUUGCAGAAUGCAAAGAAGAAUCUAGGCAACAGCUAGUGCGCAUUCAGGAGGAACAUGCUUCUCUAGUCUUGCGUAUUCAGCAGGAGCAUGAUAGAAAGGAAAUGUGUUUGAAAGCUGAUCACAUUGAAGAGCUAAAGCGUGCCCAGCUUCAAGCUGAAAAUGAACUAAGAGAGAAAACAAUGCAACUCAAGAAUGAACAUGAAGUUCAAAUGAAAGCUUUGAGGUGUGAGCAUGAAGAUGAGUGCAGGAGGCUGCAAGAAGAACUGGAUCUUCAGAAGUCCAAAGAAGACAGGCAAAGAGCUUUGCUGCAAUUGCAGUGGAAAGUGAUGAGCGAUAAGCCACAAGGUGACCAAGAAGUGACUUCGAAAAAGGAUUACUCCAUUUCAUCAAUCAAGAUGAGAGGUGCCAGUGGUGGCAAAAGAAGUCAGCCUGCUCCGGAUUUACCUUUCCCGGGUGGAACACAAACACCAGUGUCAAAAAUAUUGAAGAAAGUAGAGAAUGCUAACACAGGAAGUGUAAUGAGUAUCCCUAAGCAUCACAAGAAGGUAACUCACCGUGAAUAUGAAGUUGAAACUGCGAAUGGAAGAACAAUUACCAAACGAAGAAAGACAAAAAGUACAGUUAUGUUUGAGGACCCAAGGAAACACAAGAAGAUUAAUACACCGAAGAUCAUAACUCCUAGAAGUGUUGUUAAGGGAAUUAAGGGAGGAGGUCGUCCACAUCCUUCAAACAUAGGCGAUUUGUUUUCAGAAGGAUCAUUAAAUCCAUAUGCAGAUGAUCCAUAUGCAUUUGAUUAGAGGUUGGAUUUGAUUGUCAUUCUGGAUAGAUGCUUUGAAGAUUUUAAGGUACCAAAACAGUACCACAUGCAAAAAGAUUGGAGCCGGGAGCAUUGUUCUUGAGUUCUUUCGGGUCAGAAAAAGAAGAAUAUUUUUCUUCACUUGCACAAUGAUGCGAGAGGGAACAUUUUAGCUAUAUUGCUGUUUGCUCGUGCAGGUUCUGUCGGAUAAUUCUCUGCUUGGCUAAGGACAUUAAACACUGCUAUAAAUAAGUCUGAAGAAUGACAAUAAAUUUUCUUUGAAAAUAAUGUUAGAAUGUACUCGCGACUGUAAAGCAGCAAACUAUAGUCUGACUGGAAUUCUGAACUUAUGCUUCAGCUCGAUCAUUCCAUUC